UAACUCUCUCACAAUCUCACUCUUUGGUCGACGCCUCUCCGAUACUGUAUAACUCGAUACUCUCUCCUCUCCGACUCUCACCGUCUCCGUCGCCGUCUCCUCACGAAGUGGGAUCGAGCGAUGAAGAUGAAGAUCAACCGCGCCUGCGACCUCAGCUCCAUCUCCGUCCUCCCUCCUCACGCCAGGUCGAGAAUCUGCGUAAAAAAUUUGCCCAGCUACGUGGAGGAGGAUCGCCUGAGCGACCUCUUCUCUCAGAAGGGCGAAAUUAAAGACGUUAAGCUCAUGCGCACCAUCGAUGGUAAGAGCAGGCAGUUCGCCUUUAUUGGGUUUCGGACCGAGGAGGAAGCGCAGGAAGCUAUUAGGUACUUCAACAAGUCCUACAUUGAUACUUUCCGGAUUAUUUGUGAGAUUGCACGAAAAGUUGGAGAUCCUGAUAUUCCUCGACCAUGGAGUCGGCACUCAUUGAAGAAUAAAGAUGAAGUAGCUAAGGGUGGGAAAAAAGUUUCUGGUGGUGAAUCCACCAUUGUGAUUCCUAAUGGAGAGAAGAAGAAUCUUAAAAAGACAAGCGAGAGCGAUGACCCUCAGCUUCAGGAAUUCCUUCAGGUCAUGCAACCAAGGACCAAGUCAAAGUUGUGGGCAAAUGACACAGUAGUAGUUUCAACAGAUUACCCAAAUGAGAGUGCCAACGGGAAUCCUACUCAAGCAAAGAAAAACAUCAAAGAAAAAUUAAUAGAAGCAAAAGUUAAUGACAAUGGGGCUAUCGAAUCUUCAAACAGUGAUGCUUCUGAGGAGUCAGAUAGUGAUGCUUCUGCUGUUUCUCAUGAUGAUGUAAUUUCUGACAUGGACUACUUCAAGAGCAGGAUUAAGAAAGAAUUGUCUGAGUCAGAAUCAGAAGAUAGUGAAGGUGAAGGUGAUGUUAAUCGAAAAGAAGCUAAAGUAGAUCUGUCAAAUAAAAGGUCCAGGGCAAAAAAUGAAACAACUGUGCAUGCUGAUGAAGAAAACGAUAUACAAGAUGAGGCUGAAAGGCAAGGUCCUGAAGUUUCAGAUGGCGAGGCACUUGACCCCACAAAUCCCUCAUCAAGUGCAACGGAUGAUAAGGAAGGGAUAAUGGAAACUGGCCGUCUUUUUGUUCGCAACCUGCCUUACACGACAAGUGAGGAAGAGCUGGAAGAGUUAUUUAGCAAAUUCGGCAAGCUUGCAGAAGUCCACGUUGUUGUCGAUAAGAUAACAAGACGGUCAAAGGGCAUUGCUUAUAUCCAGUUCGCUCUCCCAGAGUCCGCAUUGAGAGCUUUAGAAGAAUUGGACUAUUCAGAUUUCCAGGGAAGACUACUGCAUAUUUUGCCAGCCUUGCAGAAAACCGCUUCUAAAAAGCAGCAUGAUUUGACUUCAAAUCAAGCUCCAAAAACUUUCAAACAGCAGCGGAAAGAAGAUAGAAAGGCUUCUGAAGCAAGUGGAGAUACAAAAGCAUGGAAUACAUUAUUCAUGCGCCCCGACACGGUUGUUGAAAACAUUGCGAGGAAGUAUGGUAUAAGCAAAAGUGAUUUCCUUGAUCGUGAAGGCGAUGAUCAUGCCGUACGUAUUGCUUUAGGAGAGACACAAGUGAUUGCUGAAACAAAGAAGGCAUUGACAGAUGCUGGUGUCAAUGUAGCAUCUUUGGAGGAGCUUGCCUCUUUGAGAGCAGAGGGUUUGAAAAGGAGUAAUCAUGUCUUGCUAGUGAAAAACUUGCCUUAUGGAUGUUCUGAGGCUGAGCUGACUAAAAUGUUCGAGAAAUUUGGUAGUCUGGAGAAAAUAAUUUUGCCUCCAACAAAGACAAUGGCACUGGUUGUUUUCCUCGAACCUUCUGAGGCUCGUGCUGCUUUUAGAGGUCUAGCAUACCGGCGAUACAAGGAUGCACCACUGUAUUUAGAAUGGGCUCCUGGAAAUGUUCUUAAUCCCACAGCUAAAAGCGAUGGAAACAAUAGAACUGUUGUUGGUGAACAGGAUGCUAAAAGGGUGUUACUGGAACAACAUGUAGAGGGACUACUGGAUGUGGAUGUUGAUUCUGACAGAAUUGAGUCACGGUCUUUGUUUGUCAAGAAUCUUAGCUCCAAAACAUCUGAUGAAACUUUGAAAAGCCACUUUAAUAAACAAAUGAAGGAGGGAAGAAUUCUCAGCAUCACGAUAAAGAAGCACAUGAAAAACGGGAAGCAUGUUUCAAUGGGUUUUGGGUUUAUAGAAUUUGAUUCAAUGGAGACAGCAACAACUAUUUGUCGGGAUUUACCAGGAACCAUCUUAGAUGGGCAUGCCCUUAUCUUGCAACUUUGCCAAGUAAAGAAAGAUGAACGAGUACUAAAAAAAGCUGACGAAGAAAGAAGUUCGACCAAGUUGCUUGCGAAAAACGUUGCUUUUGAGGCAACGGAGAAAGAUUUAAGAAAGCUUUUCAGCCCAUUCGGAAAGAUUAAGAGUUUGAGGCUGCCUAUGAAAUUUGGAAAUCACAGAGGAUUUGCAUUUGUGGAAUACGUCACGAAACAGGAGGCCCAGAAUGCUUUGCAAGCACUAGCGAACACCCAUUUGUAUGGAAGGCAUCUGGUGCUAGAGAGAGCGAAGGAAGGCGAGAGUUUGGAAGAAUUACGUGCUCGAACCGCUGCGCAGUUUAAUGAUGAAAAUGGGUAUAGUAUGGGCAAGUUAUCCAAGAAGAGGAAGCAUAUGGCCAUCUUGGAUGAGGAUAAAUGAAGAUCAAAAGGAUUGCCAAUCGAUGCUGGUUGAGUUUGAAGUCCAAAAACUGAUUGAAGAAUUGCUUCAAGCGAUGUACAAAGGGGCAGAAGAGGUGUUUAUUAUGUGUAAUGAUAUGCCCAGUUUUGCUGAUUUUGGGUUCUAGUUUUAGUUGGUCAGAGGCCUUUCGCUUUUCAAUUACCACAUUUUUUUGCUAGAUGAAGUCACGAACUAAUUUUAUGCUAUUAACUUCUAUUUAAGUCAAUUAUAAAAGUUCAUUAGGUUAUUUUCCAA